AUUUGAACCGUCGCGCGCGCCCGACGCGGGGCCACCGACGAUCUCUCUCCCUUCCUCCGGGCUCUCGCGACACGCGUGACACGCGAGGCGCCUCGUGUGUGUAUGCCGCGUGCGACACACGCGACCCGAUCACCCGUCGUCGACAAUCCUGCACGCAGAUCGCGCGCGACCAUCUCCGCGCGAGAGGAAGCGGUUUCUCGCGCGCGCGCGCGAGAGAGAGAGAGAGAGAGAGAUAAAAAGAAGAAGACGAGAGUAAGGAUAAGAGGGGAGAGAGAGAGAAAAAAAAAGUUGCAGAAACAGAGCGUGCAGGAAAGAGUGUGAUAACGCGCGAGUGGCAACGGCUCCUAAUUACUCAUUCGUCCCGUUUCCUCGUGCACGUCCUCCGAUACCUUCUCUAUCUUCCUCCGUCUUCAUUGUCGCGCGAAUCGGCGAGGGUGGCCCACUCCGAAAAGCGGAGCUGUACGCGCGCGAGAGUGGUGAGCAUCAGCUGAAGAGUGUAGUGCGCGAGCAAGCGUGCGGGCGAUCGCACUGUCGGGAGAACAGCGGUCCUCGCGUGGGUAUAUUUAGUGUCUCGACUGGUCAGAGAGGAAGCCGACACUUUCUUCGUUGUCGUCAUCGUCGUCGUCGUCGUCGUCAUCGUCGUCGUCUUCGUUAUCAUCGUCGUCUUCGUUAUCAUCGUCGCCAUCAUCGUUGCCGUCUUCGUAUUUUCGUUAGAGUAAUUUUUGUUUUGACGUUUGAUACAACCGUGUGUCUCUUUCUCCUUCUCUCUCCUCUCUCUCUCUCUCUCUCUCUCUCUCCCCCUCCCUCUUCCCGCUUCAGAGUGCAACGUGAUACUGAAUCUCAGACAGUGGAUAAGAGGGUGGCGAGACGAUCGCGGAAUUCCGCUCGACUCGAUGUUGCUGACGGAUCAGAGGCAGUCGGCGUUUCUGACGGUCGCGGGUAUUCCCUGCUGUGAGGUCAAUCAGUUUCGUCUGCUUGUGAACGCGAGCGAACACGUGGACUAGAGAGGACUACUACUCAUCACUCGGUUGGUUCAUCGACAAUCAAGAUUCAGGGUCCGUCUCGUUCGGAAUCGUGGAAGGAUCCGGGACCUGCGGUAAAUUGAUCGACGAGGCUCCCGGUUCAAGUUGGAUCAGGAUGAUCGUGCCGUUUGCGAAUCAUAAUGAUCACGAUCUAUAAAAGAUCGAUGCUGGUUGUCGCGUCCGCGAUCGUCGCAGCAGCCGGUCGGAAUCAUCUGCGAUAAUACCACACCUUCCCGAAGAGAAGAAGAAAGACGCGCCAAAAAAAAAGGAGAGAGAAGCGGCCGCAUGGUGCGGUUCGCCACGGCUGCCCCCGCCGGCUUCGAGGAUGAGGAGAACAUUAUCGCGUAGGAUGAAGAGAAAUAUAGAAGAAACCCCGACGUUCCACUAUCGGUGGUAUAAUACUUCGUGAGGAGUCUGAAUUUAGAAGAAGGAGCCAACAACGAUCGAUUUGGCCAUUUGGUGAGCGGGACGAGAUUGUGAGUCAAGUCACCGCAGGUGACUAAUCGCGAGGGAGGAAACAAGAAGAGGAUCAAGAGGCAGGACUUGGUUAACAUAGGAAUCGCAAGAGUACUUGCGGCAACGAAAGGUGCACGCUCCCCGAGCUCGAGGGCCGAGGAGGAGGGGGCGAUAAGCGCGUGCCUCUGUGCGAGUCGGGGUGACCGAGGUGUCGACCUCACCCCCGAUCACACCGCUAAUCAGGUUGGAUAAUGUGGGCGCCUCUGCUUUUGGCCGGGUUCUUAAGCGGCUGGUGGGGCGCACUGGCGCUCGCUGCGGCACCCCCCGCCAUUCGGGACACCCUUGGGAAUACGUCCGGGGCAACGACGAGCAUCACCGAGGCGAGACAUUAUCGUCCACCAUCGAUAAGCCCAGUGGAUGACUUCAAAGUUGGCGAAUUUACGGGGGAAUCGCGAGAGGAAGUUCUGGAAUACCCGGCACACACAUCGUUCGAAAUUCGUUCUGUUCAUCGCGAUCUUGACGAGAUCUCGUUGGUCGAAUCGAAUCUCGUGAACCUCGGGGAGGACUCCUAUAAAGAUGGAGAACAAUCAUCAGAGAAUGAUGCGCGACAAAUCUUGCAUUACUUCACGGCUCGUGGAGCGACAUCGCCUGAGGUGGCUCUCGGUACUCGGCGAAUCGUACCGAAUCCCAGGCGAAUGGAGGAUUUCGCGAAGGACACCCUCUCCGCCGUCGAAACGGAGACGCGCGUUCGCGCCUUUCACCCAGAAGUAAAUGAGUCCGAUCUGACUCGCGCGCCCCGACACUCCUCGACGCACGCACCCCUUGCGUAUCCAUCAGCAGAGUCGUCGAUGCAGCGGCCGCGAGUCACCAGAUCGGCGAAGCAACGACCAAAGAACCGCACCAAGGCGGACUCGCCGCGCGAGCAACGACGCCGUUGCAGGAACAAGGACAGAGGCUGCCGCGGUCAGAAUUGGUGUCCCGACAUCGACGUGGGCAAUCGGGCCUUCUUGGCGCCCACCGUGUUCGAGGGUAAAGCCCGCAGCAUGUCCUCGCGAAGGAAGCCCGGAUUGAACUACUCGGUGACCUUCGAGGUGAAGCAAGUAUACAAGAGCCAGCCGGGCUUUCAGCCGCUGCAGAAGAACGACAGCGUGCGACUACAUUUCCGCGACAAAUUGGUGCCUGGCAAGUCGACCGUGUGCAACGGCCACGAGGCCGGCAAUAUGCAGCAGCAGCAACAGCGCGAUAAUCCGAGUGGUGUGGUGCGAGCCAAUAUUAAAAGGGGCAAAGUGUAUCUAGUGUUUGUGAAUCGCGUGGGACCCAGGAACUUCACGAUCCUCGGCGAGCCGGUGAUCCGAAACAAGAAAAACGAACAGGUCGUCCAAGCUGUCGUUCGACCGGAUUACGGUAAGUCCCAAAAUUUAUGCACCGUUUAUUUCGCCAUUUUUGAUUAGUCAGUCGGACGCGUGCCGCUAACAAAUGAUAAUGAAAGGCUCGAUA